CGAAGAAAGAGAUCCCGGUCUGCUUCUUCUCCGCGUCUUCAGAAAAUAGUCGACACCCCAGCUUGAGUCCUGGUCGGCAUCUUUGUCGUCAGCAGUGCCAGUGCCGGUCCUCAGUCACGCCCGGAACCGACGUUGUUCGAUGUUUGGCAACGUGAAGACUUUCUUAUGGCGCACGCUCUGCGUGCAGACCAUGCGUACCUACGGUCGCAACUUGGCAGCGCCAAUAGUAUUUUAUGUUUACUUCUUUUUAACGGUGCCGUCUCAGCAUAAACAGCCUGCGCCGCUCAGAAAGGAUUCCGGUACGAUAAAUGUGAGCUUCGCUUUCAUGCCACCCGUAGUGUCGCACAUUGUGUACGCGCCAAAGAGCGACUACAACGACAAGCUGAUGCGUGCCGUGGCCGACGAGAUCGCCAGCCGCUUGAAAGCGACGAAAAUGGAACAAGCGGAAUCCAACGGCGGGGAGAAGCCUUCGUUUGCCAGGCUUGAGGACGACAGUGACGCUGCUGAUGCUUUCGUUGACGGUGACGCGCCUGCAAGCAAUCAACAUGCGCCCGAAAGCAAGGUCCCGGUCGAAGCACCGGAGCUGGUCGCCUUGACGGACGCAGAAGCUGUGAUUAAAAAAUGCAAAGACCUACUGAACACGGCCAAGAACGAGGAUUCAAAGGCACAAAGUAAUAUCACAGUGGGCAAGCUGUGCUUGACCGCGUCCAGCCCGGCAAGUGACUCAGCUAGCCUCGCGUUGAAGUUGUACACUCCUGUUCGUUUCAUCAAUAAUGCGAGAACGAAGUUUCCCCUUGGUUCCCUCUCCGAAGCUGCGCGGUCUUUUGACCAAUCCGUAGUUUACCAGCAGAUCAUAGAACAGGAGCACUUAAAGCUACAAAGUGAAAAUUAUACAGAUGGGGAAAUGAAUUAUGAGGUUAGCACUGGUGCCAUGCCCGGAUGGGUAUUUAAGGGCAAUGAGGAUUUCUACGAAGAACCACUCGCAAAGGCGAUUGCUCUGGUAUUCUUUAUUUUUGUGUUUAUUGAGAUAGCCAGAAUAAAGGAAGAGAACGAAAAUGGGACUUCGGAGCACCAGUGCGUAAUGGGGUUAUCUGAUGCCGAGCUCUUCUGGGGCAACUUCUUAACAGCUGUGGUGAAAGGCCUACUUGCGAGUAUCGUCGCCAUCACAGUAAUGUUUUUGCCUCUAAAACAUGAACACCCCUACGGCGAGGGAUUGAACGUGAGCCUGGUUACCGCGUCAUUCGCCAUCUCUCUCAUUGGAAAAUGCCUGCUCGCCAUAUGCAUCUUGUGGGUGUUCCCUAAAGGAUCGCUUCCACUAGUCGCGCCCGUUGUGCUACUAUGUUUUGCUCCCUUUGUCAUCACAAGAUCGACGCUGCCAUUGCCGUUGCCCAUAUAUUUCCUAGAAUCAAGGAAGUCGAAGCUCGCCACGUGUGUUUUUCCCAACAUAGCUUUAUACUCUGUAAUGAAGAUUAUCUGCAUCGCCAGAGACUACGAAGGAGGCGCAUCAUGGUCACUCGUGACCAGGAGAGUGCUUGGCAAAGACAACGUCACAAUUGGGGAACUUUGGGGAGGGAUGCUUCUCUGCGACGUUGUUAUGACAUUUUCGGCAUUGUACCUAUCGAAAGUUCUCCCCUGGAGCACCAACAAUCGACAAAGUCCAAUAUUCUGCCUUCUGCCCAACUAUUGGAGAGACGAACCUGCAGUAGCUGCAGCCGAAAAAGUGAACGUCAAGCAAGACGUCAAUCGAUUUGAGAAACUACAGCCAGGUGACAAAGUUAUCAUCACCACCGAUAAUCUGACCAAGGUUUUUGGCGCCAAGCCAGUGCUGAACGGCCUCAAUUUGAAAGUGUGCGCAUCGAAAAUUACUGUGCUUCUUGGUCACAAUGGAUCCGGGAAGACGACUCUGAUGACCAUAUUGACUGGAAUGCAGGCUCCAACCAGUGGUGCGGCCACAGUCUGCGGCUACAAUGUUGCCAGCCAGCGCCACCAAGUGCGCCAGCGGGUCAGCUUCUGUCAGCAGACAGACAUCUUUUUCGAAUACAUGACUUGCGCUGAAAACGUCUACUACUUUGGAUCGCUCAAGGGAGGAAAGCCCGAGAGGCUCGAGGAAUCCGUCCGGGAGACCCUGCGUUUGGUCGAGCUGGAAGACAAGGCUUCAAGCUUGCCCAAAACGCUCAGCGGUGGCAUGAGGAGAAAGCUAAGCAUAGCGAUGACACUUCUUUCUAAGCCAGAGCUGCUAAUUCUGGAUGAGCCGACGGCGGGCAUGGAUGCAGAGACGAGACGGACUAUAUGGAACGCCUUGACAAACCUGGCCAAAGAUAGAACUCUGCUACUCUCCUCUCAUGACAUGGAGGAAGCUGAUGCCAUCGCCGACCAGAUAAUCAUAAUGGCGUCCGGUGGGAUCGUCUGCAGCGGAUCGAUAUCCUUUCUGAAGAAAGCAUGUGGCGUCGGAUACAAGCUGACGUUCUCCAAGGUGAAAAAUGCUUUUAAACUUCAUGACGCCAUGCAUAUCGUCCACAAGACUAUCCCUGCGGCAGUGGUCGAUGAUGAGAAACAAGAAGAGGUGUCCAUCGCGCUGGGCACUUUGGACAGCAAAGAUUUCCCGGCCAUGUUCAAGGCACUGGAAAGUUCCCUCGAAAAGCUGGGCAUUGCAGGCAUUGGAGUCACGGCCGCCUCGAUGAAGGACGUCUACCUGAAGAUAAACCUGGACUGGGCUCCAGGGGGAAAAGCACGAGAACAAGCAGUAGGAGGAAAAGACAUCGACGUUGUCUGCAAGCCAAUUACAAAACGGCGCACGUGGGCAAGGUCGUUCUUUGCCCUUUCCGUCAAGCGUCUCUUAAGCCUUCUGCGUAGCUGGGAUGUCUUCCUAUUCUUUUUCGUGGCGCCGCUGGCACUGCUGGUGAUAUUGGCGUGGAAUUCAGGAGUUGGAGCCAUGGAUAAGACCCUGGAUCGCAGCCGUAACAAGACCCUCGAAAUCCCCGUGGAACUAGGCGCCCACUUUCCGAGAUCCCGCGUCGUGGUCGGCGAGUCACCAGCCACCGACGUCAGUCGAAACUUACGGACACUCGUGGAGGCUCAAGACUGCACCGUGCUCGCCACAAAAGACGCGGAGAAGGAGCUCCGCAAAUAUACCAACGAAGACUUUCGAAGUGCCUUCACCGUUUACCCAUUGGCAGUGGCAUUCGAGUCCAAUGACAUCCGCAUGGUGCCCAACCCGACGAGCGCCAUCACGCUUCCCAUCACCGUCAACCUGGUGUACACGGCUUGGCUGCGAGCACUGACGGCUCAGCCGGCGGCGCAGAUCAACGUCACCAUUGCUUACAUUGAAGGCAGUGAAAAGCCGGAUGCAGUGGACGUCAUACUGUUACACAUUUCAUCUUGGACCGAAUGGGUGUUCGGUGCGUCAAUGACCUACACGUAUGCUUUCACCGAGUACUGCAUAUUUCCGCUAACCGAGCGGUUAAGCGGGGCCCGAGACGUGCAGCUCAUGACGGGCCUCUCGGGCGUCGACUACGUAUUCGCCCACUUUGUCUUCGACUUCAUCUACCACCUCCUGUUCAGCCUUUCGUGGUGCAUCAUCUAUUGCGGUUUCGGCUCCUACUCGCUGAGCACGACCGCCAUGAACAGCGAGGUGUGCCCUUCGUGGCUCGGUGUCAGAAACACCAAUGGCACCAGCAGAGAGGUGAAGGGCUCCAAUUGGACUCGGAGCUUGACGAGUGCGCUGAAGUGCGCGGUGACCGAGACGAGGCGAACGGUUCUCCAGUAG